AUGACACCAGAGACAGUCUCACUCAUCAACUUACCAUACUGGGAGACUGGAAGACGCAGGAUUCGGUUCCUAUAUCUGGUGGGCGAAAGUUCCUUCCAGGUGACCAAACCCAGUACAGAUCAGGAGCAAACAACCCCUCUGUUCCUGGGAGCCGACCUCUUCUCAAACACAGACGUCCGUGUGGAGAACCACCCCAGAUACCAUUCCAAGUUCGCCAAAAAGGGACUGGCCACUAAACUGGUUUUCUCCUCAGAGUUCAGGUUUCAGGGAUUACGGGUUCCUUGGUCCAGUAACGGUUUGUGGUUCUACAGCGUGGAUGGAAUCUUCCGAGUGACUUUUGAGCUUCACAAUAAACACGAUCAGCUCUCCAUUCUGGAGACGUUUCAGGACCUGUGGAAGUCUCGGAUCGACGACGUGCAGCUAAACCCGAGCUAUAACGUAACCGCCCAGUUAGCCUUGCAGCCGCCAAAUCCAGGAGAUCUGGAGGUACCAAGUGUGGCCGCUGCUCCACCCGAACCGCGCGAGGGCGGUCCGGAGUCUCAGGAGACGGGCGAACACCUCCGGGUAAAACCCGCGGACCAUGACUACUGCUCCGUAUCCGAACAGGCGGACUCCAGACGCGCCGGUCAGCUCGCCACGAUGCUCUGUGACCUAGGAGACAAAGUGAGACGCGCGUCUUUAGACCCAGAACAGGAGCGUACCGCGGUGAAGCUGCUGGAUCACCUCCGGCGCUGGACGGACGGACGGCCGGACGAGGACGCGCUCGCGGAGACCGUCAUGACCCUCCUCCAGACGCAUUCCCGCCGCCUCUGCGUCUACUCCAGCGCGCUGCUGCGGACCGUGGCCGGUUGGCUGGGCCGCCAGUUCCACCAGGCCAACGGCAGCGUGAGCCGCCAGGUCGAGGGCUUCAAGCUGCGGCACAUCGAACACAUCAGGGAUCUCCCGCCGGCCGAGGAUCUGGCGACCGAGCUCUUCCCCGAGGCCAUGAGGAACCUGCUGGUCCACUGGAUGGGUUUCAGCGAGGAGUCGGGCGCGUGGAAGAGGCGCAGCGAGUACCCCAUCGUCCUGCUCAUACUGGAGUUCGCCAACCAUAACCUCAUCACGGGCGUGGCUCACGUGCUCUAUUCCAGCCUCAUAUGCAAGGACACGCCCAGGUACUGACCCAUAACGGGCGGAGUCACGUCAGAUCGGCCAAUCAGAAACACUUUCACUGUAGCGUGCAGCAGCUUCAGGAUUCUUAUUGGCAUUCCUUCCACAUAGAAACAUGCUAGUAGGUGGAUUGGCUGCACCCAGUGGUCCUGUGGACUCUCACGACUAUCUUCAGUAGGCGUGUGUGAUCCUGGUCAGGGUCACAGUGGUUCCAGAGCCUAUUUAUCCUAGGAACUCUGAACCAGUCUAUCAGUUAGUGCAUUAUCCUGGUCAGGGUCACAGUGGUUCCAGGUCUAUCAGUUAAUGCAUUAUUCUGGUCAGGGUCACAGUGGAUCCAAAGUCUAUCAGUUAGUGCAUUAUCCUGGUCAAGGCUAUUCUCUGAUCCAUUCGAACAGUAGUUCCACGCUUCCUUCUGCGUCUUUCAGGUUUUGGUUGUCACUUUAAGGCAUUUUAGCUGAGCAGCCAAUAAUUUGCUGCACUUCUCUGUAUGUUUUUUCCCUCUACAAUCAACUUUUUAAUCAAAAUCAAAAGUACGCUGUUCAUCAGAACAAUGUCUGGAACAACCCAUUUUACCCAGUAUUUCAGAAGGAAAUGACCAACCUGUGCAACAUUUGUCACCCUCCUACCUUAAAUAAGGGCCAAAAUUGACACCCGUUCUUCUGCAGAAUGAAUGACUUCACCAAUUGAACUCCUCACUGCUAUUAUUUUGAACAACCCCCUUUCAAUCAAUGCUUUGAUUACUCAGAAUGAGCGGCAUGCAUGUC